AUGGAGUCGCAGUCGGCCGCACCGCCGCAGGUGCGCCAGAUUGUCAACUACCUCCGCAACAAUGCCGGCCUAAAGACAAAGGUCGGCGUCCUCAACGGCAAGCGCGUCGACUACUUCAAGGGGUCCGCCGCCGUCAAGGCCAUCGUCGCCCCCGCCUACUCGAAGCUCAAGGACGUCCCCAAGAUCGAAAACGAGGAGCACGCACAGGCACUCCUCCACAGCAUCAUCCCCUUUGCCUUUUUCCUCCGCGUCGACCGAGGGCCCAGCUCCGGAGGCAAGGAUGCCCCCAAGGUCGUCCAGGUCAACCCGCAGCAGAUGUUUAGCCCAGACAUGUACUACGCCUGGCUCUUCGAGGGCUCCCAGCUCGGCCUCAAGCUGGCGGGCGUCGGCAUGGUCGUCGUGAUGCUGGCGGGAGUCAUGUUCCCGCUCUGGCCCCCCUCGAUGCGCCUGGGCGUCUGGUACCUCUCGAUCGGCGUGCUGGGCCUCAUUGGCCUCUUUUUCGCCAUCGCCAUUGUCCGCCUCAUUUUCUGGGUCAUUUCUCUCGUCGUCCUCCGCCCGGGCGUCUGGAUCUUCCCCAACCUCUUUGAGGACGUCGGCUUCGUCGACUCCUUUAUCCCGCUCUGGGCGUGGGACGUGCCGCCGCCAAAGAAGGAGAAGAAGUCGAAAAAGGCGGCAAAGGCGCUCAAGUCGGAAAAGGCCGCCGUCGGAGCGAGGCAGCAGGCCAUUGCCAACCUCCCUGGCGCCCCACAGCAGCCCGCCGCACCGCGCGCGCCCGAAGCGACGGCCGAGUCGCAGCCCGCCGCCGAGGCUCCCGCCAAGAACGCCGCUGGCGGCGCAAAGGCGCCCGACAGUCUCAACGACAUCAACUAG